AUGGAUACUGGGCCUGCCUGGGCUGCUAACCCCACUCCCGGGGGCACCUUCUCCAUCCCCAAUGCCACCACACCCUGGAUGGGCCGGGAUGAGGAGCUGGCCAAGGUGGAGAUCGGAGUCCUGGCUGCGGUCCUGGUGCUGGCGACAGGGGGCAAUCUGACUGUGCUGCUGACCCUGGGCCAGCCAGGCCGCAAGCGCUCCCGCAUGCACCUGUUUGUUCUGCACCUAGCCGCGACCGACCUGGGUGUGGCCCUGUUUCAGGUGCUGCCCCAGCUGCUGUGGGACAUCACCUACCGUUUCCAGGGCCCUGACCUCCUCUGCCGGGCCGUCAAGUAUCUGCAGGUGCUCAGCAUGUUCGCCUCCACCUACAUGCUACUGGCCAUGACGCUGGACCGCUACCUGGCUGUUUGUCACCCCCUGCGCAGCCUCCAGCAGCCCAGCCAGUCCACUUACCCUCUCAUCGCCGCUCCCUGGCUGCUGGCUGCCAUCCUCAGCCUGCCUCAGAUCUUCAUCUUUUCUUUGCGGGAGGUGAUCCAGGGCACGGGGGUGCUGGACUGCUGGGCAGACUUCCGCUUCCCUUGGGGGCCUCGGGUCUAUAUCACCUGGACCACCCUGGCCAUCUUUGUCCUGCCUGUGGUCAUGCUCACGGCCUGCUACAGCCUCAUCUACCAUGAGAUCUGUAAGAACCUCAAAGUCAAGACGCAGGCCCGCAAGGUGGAAGGAAGGGGCUGGAGGACUUGGGACAGGAUGUCGCCUUCUGUCCCAGCUGCCGCCACACGGGGCCUGCCAUCCCGGGUCAGCAGCAUCAGUACCAUCUCGAGGGCUAAGAUCCGAACCGUGAAGAUGACUUUCGUCAUUGUGCUGGCCUACAUCGCCUGCUGGGCACCCUUCUUCAGCGUCCAGAUGUGGUCCGUGUGGGACAAAGAUGCCCCUGACGAAGAUUCAACCAACGUGGCUUUCACCAUCUCCAUGCUCUUGGGCAACCUCAGCAGCUGCUGCAACCCCUGGGUCUCCAUGGGUUUCAACAGCCACCUGCGGCCAUGGCCACUGUGCCACCCGGACUGCUGCGGGGGUCCCCGGCCCCGGCCACGCCGGCAACUCUCCAGCCUCAGCCUCUCCAGCCGCCACACCACACUGCUGACCUGCUCCAGCGGCCUGCCCGCCCUCACCCUCAGCCCCAGACUCGGUGGGGGCCCUGGGACCGAAGGGUCACUGAAGGACUCUGCGCAGGUGGAUGGGGAAGCCUCCACAGAGACCGGUGUCUUUUAGGGAACACGUUCCCUGAAGUCUGGCACGCCUGCGAGGCUAGUGGAGGGUCUCUGCUCAUUUCAACACUGGGUGUAAAAGCCGGGAGGGCCAAGGUUGGAGUUGGGGGAGCCCAGUUUGAGGUAGGGUGAGG